AAGCCACUCACUACAUUUCUUUUUUGAUGUCUUUCGUUGUGGUUAAAUCGGUAGACCACGCGUCACCAGGAGGACUAAUUGCUUUUAUUCGACAGAACAACAUCGUACCGCAGUAGAUCAAGGGCGAUUAGAGCGCCUGCAGAAUUUUUUGCAACUACGCUAAGUGCAUCAGCAGCGUCUCCUGGCCGUGUGGGCGGAGUACUAAGUUGGUGCUAAAAGCUUUAGAGGACUUUGGUGCCAGCUAACGGCAAGAUCAUCCUCGAGUGCAGCAGUCCAAUCUCGACCUCCACAACGCGCAACCUAUGUUGGUCAAAAUGUUGGCGUCCCUGGUGUUCGUCGCAUCACCGGGCAUGAUUCUUUUGCAGCUUUUGUGCUACUCCUGCUGCUUUUACAACAUCAGCACGCCUAACAAUCUCGUAUUCGUCACCGCGACCAAGCUCCAAAAGAAGUCCGCGACUUCUUCAUCUGUCGGCAAGAAAACUACGAGCGUCAGCCUGGACGACUUCGACUUCUCAGGUAACGUGCCUACUGCAAGUAGAACUCGAGCAGGGACGCCGGCGGGUCGUACUGAACUGCAACAGGACGCGACGAAACCCCAGCCGCGUGGCCGAGCGAACGCUGCAGGAAGUGAAGAGGAGAUGACCCCGUCGUCGCAACAAGCUGCAGCGACAUCAACGAAUCCGCCUUCGUUUCUCAUCCCACCGCCAGGCCGAGACUUUUCGUUUGACGCCGAGGACAAUGAUGUGGUUGGUGAUGUUGCAAGAACGUCUCAGCUUCACGGUAGCAGCAGUGACGUGCUGAUUGACAUUCCGCUGGAGGAGAUCCCGGAGGGGAUUGCGGAGGGCACGACGGAAAUAAAUGGCGCAGAAGAGCUUGUCCCCCCUAGCAGCUGCGGGACAUCAGCUGCUGGUGGCCGCGGCCGCAAGGGAACGAGCCUUUCUACUACCAUUUUUGGAAAGACCAUGAGCGGCACGACUUCGAGUCAGGACGAACACGAGGCCGUAGCGAGGGCAGGAGCAGCCUCGAAGACGUGUACAACUGCAUCUGCAGCAGUAGAUGGCAGCAAUAAGAAGGGCACAUCAGCGAAUUCAAAAAGCCUGUUCCAGAACCUACUUGACAAGGCAGCACGGGAGUACGACUACGCGGUUAUGUAUGCACUGCAAAAGUAUCGAACUAGGAUAAAAAAUCGCAUGACAAAUUUCCUCAGCAUGAAAAAUCAUGAACAAAUCUGUAGUGCGGAUUUAACUCGGCAAAGAAAUUUGCAAUGCUUAUCUGGGAGCUCCACUUCAAUACGGAGCCAAGCAUGACAAAUUUUUGGGCUCCUGUGUGUUGCGUAUUCCGCAUGGCAAACUGCGUUUUUGCAUGACAGGUAAGGGGACAGCUUUGUGCCCAUGCAUCACAGAUUCUUGAAUCAUGUCAGACAUGCAUGACAAAUGUAGCAAUCUUCCAGACCCAGACAUUUUUACACUUGAUAAGUCAUGGAGUUUAGCAAUACAAAUUGCAUCUUGCCAGACCCGGACAUCUCUGCGCUUGAACUUGAUACAUAACGAAGCGCAUAGGAUAAGAGUUUCCCCGUCGGGCCCACAUACCGCAUCCCCACAUUCCAGGCAUCAUGAGGAAACUCGCAGUCGCAUAAGUAGAAAGCACGUAGCACAUUUUCAAGAGCGUGAAUGCUAGAAAACAGCUGCAUCCGCACUCGCCCUAUCGAUCCAUGAAGGUUUUUUAUCAUGCAGCUGCACGCGUGCGCCUGGGCGCAUUGGGGAUUCGACGCACGCGUGCGCGGUAUUUCAUGCAAAGAGGCGUUUUUCAGAAUGCAUGUUUAUUCAGAGUGUAUUGCCUGCUCCUGCACGCGUGCACCCGGGCGCAUUGGAGAUCUAGCGCACGCGUGCACGGAUUCCCAUGCAUGCUGCGCAAUUUUUUCUACGAUACCUUGGCGAACUGGUAAUUUUGCAGAUACUAUCAAAUGCAAAUAUGUCUGAGUCUGGAAAGUUGGAACUUGUCAUGCUGGUCUUGCAUUCUUGUGAAAUCUGUGCCUCAUGACCAACAAAAGUGGCAGCCUCGCGCGUGGUUAUACAAGAAAUGGAUGCACACGCGCAGCCCUUGGAAUGCCAGAAAAGUAAUUUUUUUUGCAACAAAAUAAAUAAUGAGUUACAUCUUUUUACUGCAGAGAAAAAACAUUUUAUUCACGUGCAUGACAUAAUUGCCAACCGAAUUUUCACGGUGUGAAGACAAUCAACGACGAAGAAACGCGGGCGGUGUGAACACUGGCCAUCUUGCAUGUCAAGCAGAAUCUAGGUGGGAUUCAGUGUUUCUUAGUCGCAAUCAAUCUAUGGUGACUAUCGUCACAGCCUGUGGGGAAAAAUUUAGGGUUCCAAACAACACACAAAUUCUGACGUCUCAGUCACGGGGGUAAAGCAUGAAAGUUCAAAUUUGUUCUAAUCGCCCUAAAUUUAUGAGAAAUCCGAUCAACCAUCGUUGAUCAUCACUAGCUUACAGUGUGGGAUUAGAAUGAACUUCAUUUUUGGUUCAUUUGUAUGAGCAUGCUGAUUUCACAUUGGGUCCAAAUUUGAACGACAAAUUUAGAGCCUGAUUUCAAUGAGCAUUCAAUUUAGGUCGUAGGGAAUUUGCUUGGCUUAUGAUCCUGGUGGAUUUCAUAUCUUGCCUAACAUUCCCCCUUCCGAAUGAACACUAAAUCAUCGAAAUGAAUCAGAUGAGAUGACUUUGUGUGAAAUUCGCAUCAAUCAAUCCUAGAGAUUAUUGAAGUCAGCAAAGUGGGCUUUCGCAAAUACUUCAUUAGCUUUUCUUGAGGGAGCUUUGAAGAUUUGAAUAUACUUCUCGCCUGGAAGUGGCUUUGUCAAUCCAUCCGCUAGAUUGAUAUCCGUGUUUACAUAGCACAAGUCUUUUACGUAGUCUCGUACUAGGUGUAGUCGAAGACUCAUGUGCUUGGAUCUUUUCGUGGCUACGGUUGUCUGACUCAACGCAAGCGCGGACUUGUUGUCGUUGAAGAUCAACGGUAGAGAUCCUGACUCUUGUUCUGAAAACCAGUUCAAAUAUCCUUGGUCCAUAGUCAUCCUUACACAGUCAUACAUCGCGCAAUACUCGGCUUCCAUUGUUGACGUAGCUCGAAUCGAUUGACGUUUCGACUUCCAACAGAUGGGAACUCCGCGUCGAUAUAGGAUUGUUCCUGACGUGGAUCGAAAACUUACAGAACAUCCUGCAAAAUCUGCAUCGCAGAAAGCAAUAGUGUCUCUGUAUUCCUUGUUUUCUAGCUCUGCGGCUUUUGUGUAGAUUUCUUUGAACUUUUUCUCUUGCUGCUUGCUGUAUUCCAAUCCUUGCGAUUUGGUUCCUUUCAAAUACGCCAGAAUACGCUUAGCAUCUUUUACCGUUUGGUCGGUUGGACUAGCUACCUGCGUCGCUACUCUUUGUACUGCGAAUGCGAUAUCAGGCCGGGCAACGCAACUGAUAUACAACAUUCCGCCUACUAGCGAUCUUAUCGGAAAUGUGGAAUUCGACGGCGAGUCCAAGUCUGCGUGGGAAUUUGGUAAACAUGGGGAAACUACUGCGCGGCAGUCCUUCAUGUGAAAUUUCUCAAGCAGCUUAUCAAUUGCGUCUUCGCAAGUGAUUUUCAUGACUCUCUUUUUCGCGUUGAAGGUCAACUUUGCGCCGAGAAGGUCGCGGAUCUCAUUGCCUUCCUUGUCAUAUUCUGCGAGAAUUUCUUUUCCUGGGAACUCUGCUAAAAUUGCAUUCAUUUCUGCAGCGACAAGGUCAUCAUCUUCGCCUGAGAUAAUGUUGUCAUCUACGUAAACUGCUAGCCAGAGCUCUUGCUCUUUUCCCUGUUUGUCUUUUGCAAACUUCUUGAACAAACCUGGUUCGUGUUCGGAUACAACCCAGCCUAACUUCUUGAGUCUGCCGGAAUAUUCGUCAUACCAGCGGCGUGGGCUGAUCUUCAGACCGUAUAACGACUUUAACAGCCUGACAACAUCGCCUUUUUCUUUGUUCUUGCUCCAGCUGUUGUGCUUGGGCAGGCGACAUAACGCGAUCUCGUCACCUAGAGCUGCACGCACAAACGCAUUUGAAAUAUCGAACUGUCUAACUUUCCAUCCGCGUGCUGCUGCUUCAACAAGUAAAUACCUGUUAGCGGCAUGGCUCACAGUUGGGCUGUAUAUUUCUCCUUGAAGAGAUAGCUUUUGCCUGUUUCCUAGUGCUACGAGACGACACUUGUAGCGUCCGUCUCUCUUCUUCGUGUAGAUGCAUACCGUCGGGAUAAUCUCUAACUUAUCACCCAUCUCUUUGAUGUCUUCUGCGGUUGCAUGCCUCCACGUUUUUGCUUCUUCUAGCGCUAGGCGUUCUUUCGUAUCUGACUCGAUCCAUUUGAUUGCGUCAGGACUUUCCAGACACUUGGCCCAAGUGUGCUGCAAGCCAAAGAGGUAAGGAGUUUCGUCCUCCUCUAAUUCAUGACGAAUCUGGAAUAUAGCUUCUGCUUCUUUUUCAAAUUCCAUCGGAAGAUCUUUCAAAAGGUCAGAUGACGACACAAGAUUGACUUUCUGCCUUUUCUUUGCUCGAGGGCCACGACUUUGGCCUUUGUCGUUGCGUUCUUUGCGCUUUUUCUUGUCAUGCCCUCGGCCCUUCUUGCGAAGUUUCUUUCGUGUAGGUCCUUCAACGAGGAUCCUAGGCGCUUCUUGUGUCUCGUUCUCUUUUUCAUCAGCAUCAACUGUAUUAGACUUUCUUUUUCGAUUUCCAUUCUCAGCUUUCUUUUUCUGCUUCGGGGAUUUUUCAGGCGCCUCCUCUGAAAACAAAUCGAGCCAAUCCUGAUUAGGGUUUUGAUUUUCCUCGCCCCCUUCCUCAGGUUGCUCACCCCCUUCGAAACUCUUGCCCUCGUCGUUUUCGACGGUUUCUUUUUCCUUCGAACUGCGUUUGUCCGCAUCUUCUUCAUCUUUCGAACGAUCGGUCCUCGGAGCGUCCUGACCACGACUGCUUUGAUCAUGAUCUACAGCGGGCACAUUCGGCUCUACGAGCUGCGAACUAUCACCCAGACGCGCCGGAUUCGGAAAAUCAAUUAACAACUUGUCAGCGUCCGGCUUCAGAUCAUCUAUCUUGCUGACCAGCACUGAUUCAUCAAACUUACAACACUUCACCUCGUGGACUCCGAAGCGGAUUUUGGAGCUUUUCUUACAUCGACCAUCUGCGGACCACAUGCCUACCAGGUAUGUAGAAUUUUCUUGGGCGUAGCCUAGAAAGAUUCCACGGGUAAACCGGUCUUCAAGCUUCGACUUCUGUGAGUGAUCCUUCGCGUAUACCAAGCAUCCGAAACGUCGGAAAUACUUGAUGGAAGGUUUUCUUUUGAAGCGUUUUUCAAAUGGCGACUCGCCUCCUUUGGCUGUAGGGGUUCGGGCGAAUAUGUGGGAGAAAGUGCGUGCUGCAUAACUCCACAUACGCUUAUCGACUCCGACCAUCAUUGCCCUCACUCCGUUCUGGUGAGUUUGAUUGUAUCUUUCAACUUUUCCAUUUUCUUGUGGUUCGUAUGGAGCUGAGUAGUCAGUAUGAAUCGGCGGGGACUGUUUCUGUGCUGUCUUUUUCCAAGUGCUACCUGGUUCCUUGAACUCUUUGGCAUUGUCGGAUCUCACUCUUUUCGGUGGUCCCUCUUCAUUUAUCCAGACCUGCAGCUUUGCGCCUGCUUCUGCUUUGCUUUUGCAGAUGAAAGAACGAGGCCAGCUGGUUGCUUGAUCGAUGGCAUUUAGCACCCAUCUUUGCGACCAGUAGUCAGGUUCCCACGGUCCAGUAAAGUCAAAAUCAACUUGGUCAUUGAAUUUUUCAACUUUGUAGCAUUCUUUCUUCGCUUUUGCAUGUUGCGCGCCUUUGCUUUUCGCGAGAUCGCAGGCAGGACAUCGGACUACUAUUCCUGGUAGACUACGAUGUCCAGCACGCUGAUGAUCAAGAAGCAUUUUCUCAGCCUUUGUCAUCAUAGUGGACUCUGUCUCGAUCUCUUCGCACAACAAACCCUUUUCACCUGGAUCUUCGUUGAACCCAAGUGCCACGGCCGGCAGCUUGGUUCCGAUCCCUUUGUGAAGAAAAAUUCUCUUUCCUGUCUUCCUACUUUGCAAGUAGUUGCCCCCUUCGUCGAAAACAACUCUAUAGCCUUCUUUCUUCAGUUGCUCGACACUGAGGAGGGUCUGUGGAAGGAAUGGAUGGAAUAUUGCACGCUUGCAACCAAGUGCGUUUGGUUUCAAUGUGCCAAAAUAUCCAGGGCCAUCCAACUCUUUUCCGUCUGCUACAGUUAUUCGCACUGGAUUACUGUCGUCCCAAGAUUCGAAAAUCUCUGGUCGGCCCGACAUGUGACUUGUUGCGCCACUGUCGCAAAUUGCAUCAUCGACACAAUUAAAAGCUGUUUCAUGAUUUCGGUGCUGCUCGUCCUUUUUAUUCCGAUGAGCAUCGUUCGCCUCGCGCACCUUCCUCAAUGCUGAUUCGCGAACGCUGUAGAGGUGUGCUAGCUUUCUUGCUGUGUACUCGGGCGAAUGAUUUUGCUCGCUUUCUUUUGCUACGAUUGAAAAUACUGCAUCUUGUGACAGAUUGCAUUUCUCAACUCGUUCGGCUUUGGACGCAUCCGAAACAUGAGAUCGAGGAAAUAAAAUCUUACGGAUUUCGCGAUCGGUCGACUCAAGAGCCUGGACUUGUUGUGUCAUAUUUGCCAUCUCUGGGGUUGCAAAUUGCUCAGCAAGCUCCAGCUCUGCUCUUUUUCGUUUUCCUUUCAGCUGUCUCGUUGGACCAGCUGCAUCAUUGGUACAAAUUUCAUCUUCAUUCUUAUCGAGAUUCGAGAAUAAAUCAUCCAUAUCGAUUAAUGAUGAAGAAUCUGGAUUGAAGAUGUCAAGCUUGCUGUCGAACACACAUUCAUCUUCUUCAAAAUGACUUGUAGUCACUGGUGGUUCAUCACCAGGUGGUUGUUCUUUUUGUGGGGGGUUCUUUUGGGGGGGUAUUUUUGUUAAAAAUUUAGUUGAAAAACAUCGCGAAUAAUUUGUAUUAUAACAUCGAGUUUUCGUCAGCCGUAAGAAUAGUUUUCUUACUUUUUGUAGUUUGUGUAACAAGCUACUUUUCUUCGAAACACCAUCUAAGACUCAGUAUUUCCUACCCUUCUUUCCUUUUCCUUUCUUACCUCCACCCUUCGGCUUGUCGUUGCCCUUGCGAACAGUAUUCGUGUUGUUACCCUUACCGGAAUUCUUAUUGGAAGACUUGUUAUUGACCUUAUUGCCGUUUUUGUACCAGCAAUCCUUGGUGUUGUGGGAUUCCGAAUUGCAAUUCGAACACCACUUGGAAUCUCCUGCGUAAUUGGCCGCAUGACUGUCGUCAUUGCUACCAGCAGUGUGAUUCUGGGUCAAGUUCGGAUUUUGCGCGAUCAGAUUCGCAGCGGCUUGCUGGAUCAGACUCGGCAUCUCUUUCUUCAACAUAUUGGAGAACAUCUGCUUCUCACGGUUCUUCUGAACGUGAUCCGGGCGCGGGCCAUGCUGGUUGCGAGAAUUCUUGUUGCGGACCAGAUUAGCUUUGUGCUUCGUGGUCUCUCCGUUGCUAGACAGAGCGCGUUCUUCCUCGACCAUAUGAUUCUUGGUUUCUUCGAAACUGAAUCCAUUAGCCAAGGCACGCUUGUUGCACUCAUCGAAUUCCUCGCGCAUGUUCCCGAAGAUACAGUGAUAGCGUAACUCUUCGGCCGUAACUUUAGCGCCCAGUUUGAAAUUCCAGAAGUUCUUCAGUUUGUCAAUAUGUUCUUCCACGGUUUCAUCUUCACCCUGCUUGCUGUUGAAAUAUUCCUUGAUCAACAUGCGGCGGGCACCGGCGGUCUGCGGGUUAGCCUUUUCCUUGAUCUGAAGCAUCAACCAGACUACACACGCGUCAGCCCCGGGCUCUUCCUGAAUGUCCUGAGCUUUGGCUCGGGCCUUUCCGGUUAAGGAUUUGAAUACUGUACCAUACAACUUCGCGUAAGCUGAGCGCACUUCGGUUGUGUAGGUGGGCCAGAAGUCGUUUUCGUGUUUGCCGUCAGCAACCCACUGGUCGCAGGCUAACUGAUCGACCUCAUCCCACUUGUCCAUGCAGACUUUUCCUUCUAAGUCCUCUUUGAACUGGGGACCGAUGUUCAACGAGAACGCCUGAGCGAUCACGCUACCCUUGAACGUCUGGAAGUCCUUUCCAGUUUCUCCCUCGUGUUCCGCGUCGUACAGCAUUCCGACGGUGCCGGAAGUGCUCGGACGAUGGUCAUCACCCGGCGCCCCCAUCUUUUCACGAUGAGCACGCGCGUCGCGGUUGUGUCGUCUGUUGUACUCGGUACACGCGUAGGCGGCUACCUGUACAAGAAAUUUGCAAUCGAAUUCAGAUGGUAUUCAGCAUUUCAAAUGCGAUCAUCUUGUUGAAUUCACGAUGCAAUUACAGACAAAAUCAGAAUUACGCUUAGACUUCUAUUUUCAAAAACCGAUGUAAUUCAGUACCUUUUUCGUGGCCUGCUGUCGGGUCCUUGCUCUUGUACCGGCCUGCUGCUCGGUACGUUAAAUCCGCCGCCCAAAACUGUAAUAGUUUUUGUUGGGGAGGAUUAACAUGCGAUUUUUGUGCUCUUGCCAUGUGUGCUCGCAUUCAAAAUUUCCAAUGAUUUUAGAAAACAGACCGAAAAUAAGUACAAUUUUAGUACCUGUCUUGUUCCUCGCUCGAUGCUUCGGCAAAGGUUACGGGCUUCGUAGCGCGCACCUUUGGUCGCUUUGUCUCUCUUGCACCUGUGUAGGUGUAUGAUUACAAAUUCUCUCUUACUUUCAAACAGCCUCUGACCGUGUAUCAGCAAUUGAUAUCACGGCAGCAAAUCACCACUGUUGGUUGAUUUGAACUCGGUGGCUGGGGGUUAUUUUGCCUAAAUUUUUAGUUCAAAUUCAAACAAAAAUUCUAUUCAAAAACACUACCAAAAAUUCAAAAUUUUCUUUAUUUUUCUUCGUGCUUUUAGUACCUUCCUGCGGGUCUUGGUGUGGUUGGUGGUUUGGUUCUGGUCCUGGCUUGGUAGGUGUUGUCGUGUUGCGGGGGGACCAGGCUUGGUAGUUGUUGUCGUGUUGGCACUGGUCGUGUCUUGUGUCAGCGCUCAAGGCUGUGCCGUUAGAAUGUCAACCGAAUUUUCACGGUGUGAAGACAAUCAACGACGAAGAAACGCGGGCGGUGUGAACACUGGCCAUCUUGCAUGUCAAGCAGGAUCUAGGUGGGAUUCAGUGUUUCUUAGUCGCAAUCAAUCUAUGGCGACUAUCGUCACAGCCUGUGGGGAAAAAUUUAGGGUUCCAAACAACACACAAAUUCUGACGUCUCAGUCACGGGGGUAAAACAUGAAAGUUCAAAUUUGUUCUAAUCACCCUAAAUUUAUGAGAAAUCCGAUCAGCCAUCGUUGAUCAUCACUAGCUUACAGUGUGGGAUUAGAAUGAACUUCGUUUUUGGUUCAUUUGUAUGAACGUGCUGACUUCACAUUGGAUCCAAAUUUGAACGACAAAUUUAGAGCCUGAUUUCAAUGAGCAUUCAAUUUAGGUCGUAGGGAAUUUGCUUGGCUUAUGAUCCUGGUGGAUUUCAUAUCUUGCCUAGCAAUAAUUUCAUAAUUAUUUUUCCAGGUGAAUAAAAUAAAAGAACUAUUUUAAAUGAAAGUAAAAGAAUUAUUUUUUUCUUGGAGAAAAUCAAUAACUCUUUUAUUUAUUUUUUUGCUUUCAUUGCUUGCGAAACCGCAUGAGAAAUUGCCUGUCUUGGCCUGUCGUUGUCGCCUCUCCUUUCGCCUCUCCUUUCGCCUGUCGUUUCGCCUCUCCUUUCGCCUGUCGUUUCGCCUGUCGUUUCACCUCUCGCCGUCACCUGUCGCGGUCACCUGUCGCCGUCACCUCUCGUCUGGGGUAUGUGAUUACAGAACCCGGAAGUCAAGCAAUAGAGUAUAAAUAUUAAUCAUGAGCAAAUCUGUAGUGCGGAUUUAACUUGGCAAAGAAAUUUGCAAUGCAUAAAUGCGAAAAUCAGUGAGUGCGAUACUUUUGCCAUGCAUAUUAUGUACGAUGCGCCGAAAUCCGACCAAGCGCAAAAACUCUUUCGCAAGUACGCUAUCCAGUGCAAAACUAUCGUACUCGUAUAAAUGCGAGUCUUGCAUCACAAAUCUUGUUCCCAAGGAAAAUCAGCAUUACAAAUUUUAUUUCUCAUGCUGAGGAAAUUUGUAAUGCAUUUAUACGAGUGCAACACUUUUGCACAGGAUAUACGCACGAGAGCAGGAAGUGCUGAAAAUAAAUUCACAGUGUGGCAUCGCGGAUAAGGAGGUAGAAGUCUACUACAUCGGGGAGCAGCAACUCGACACGUCCGGUAUGCAUUGCAAAUAUGUCUGGGUCUGGAAGAAAGCAAGUUUGUUAUGCUUGUCUGGCAUGACUCUUAAAUCUGUGAUGCAUAAGCAGGAUAGGGCCUUCUGGCUGUCAUGCAAAAACGCUGCUUGAUGUCAUGCGGACAACGAAAUGCACAGCAGCUCAAAAAGUUGUCAUGCGUGGCUGCGUAUUGAAGUGCGCCUACCAUUCACAGACUUGCAUCACAAGUUUCCAGCAGACCCAGACAUAAUUGCAUUUCACAUCCGGUGGCCAGCUGCAACUCUCAGGGACAGGUUCUUCAGACCCGUCAACCCCCAAAUUCGGCACAACGAGGUUGUUACCCUGUGCAAAAGUAUCGUACUCGUAGUAAUUGCAACCAUGCAUUACAAAUCUUUUUCUUAAGGUAAAUCCGCAUUACAAAUUUUAUUUCUGACGCUCAGAAAAUUUGUAAUGCAUUCAUACGAGUGCGUUGCUUUUGCAUUUCAUAGUUGUCCACCGCAGGUAGUUGUACUUCUAACGCAGCUGCACUCUCUUGUACGUCAAGCGCCGCCUCGGCCUCUUCCUCCAGUGAUAUGUUGAAUACAGCAGCAGCCCCCGCGGCCGCCCCGGCGAUUAUGCAGUACUCCCCGGCUUAUUUUGAAAGCAUGGAGCCCUACAACUACAACCGUGGUCCGAUGUAUAAUCACCAUCGCUCACCUGCUGCUCCGAGUGGCGGCGGGCAGCAGCCUCCUGUUGUGCAAGUGAUCAAUAACAUGCCCGUGGCGGCCCACACUGGUGCCCAGAAGCUCGACACUUCCCUGUCCAGCAAUACCCGCCGGGUUCUGAAAGCGAACAUUGAGCAGGGGAACGAAAUAUCAAAUGCAAAUAUGUCUGGGUCUGGAAGAUUCUACACUUGUGAUGCUGUCUCAAAUUUGUAUUGCAUGACGAGCAAGAGAGACCAAGAGAACUCCAGUUUGUGCUACGCGGAGAGGGUAAGUCUCACACGGUAUAGGUGUCACAAAGUCCUCUAAAAAUCAGUGAUGCUAGGGCAUGCAUCACAGACAUCAUGGGUCAUUCAAAAUAUGCAUGACAAACCUGGGAAUCUUCCAGACCCAGACACUUUUGCAGUUGAUGCGAAAACUUGAUCACGCAAUUAGAGCAGAAGGGCUUAUUCGACAAACCGAAAAAACCCCACUGCUGCUGCCGCGCCUUGUCCUUUUUCACACGAUAUGGAUUGCAAAAAUGUCUGGGUCUGGAAGGUUGCAACUGGUCAUGCUAAAUCCGAAUCAUGCAAAAAUCUGUGUUGCAUGAGUGUCAAAAGCUGUCCACUUUUGACCAAGUUGGGAGGGAGUUUCUCAUGCAGGAUAGGCAUGAAAGAGACCUCACAGACUCUGUCAUGCUAGGUCCCGCAUUCCAGACCUCAAGGGUCAUGGAAAACCUGCGUGACAAGUUUACACUCUUCCAGACCCAGACACUUUUGCAUUUGAUACGCGAAACAUGUCCCGCCUGGUGGUCCUCGCGAUCUGUGCCGCACAGUGCACCACGGUGUUAUGGAUUGCAAAUAUGUGACCUGGGUCUGGAAGAAGAUUGCGAGCUUUGUCAUGCUGGCAUGGCAUGAUUCUGCACUCUGUAUUGCGUAGCCACCAAGAGGUCGACUUGCCUGUCAUGCAAACCGCAGUUUCUCAUGCGAAAUACGCAGUACAGAAGCACGCAAAAAACUUGUCAUGCUUGGCGGCGCAUUACAGAGCACUCACUGUUCACGGACUUGCAUAACAAUUUUCCAGAGCCAGAUCGAUAUUUGCAAUGCAUAGGUGUGGCAGCAGUACCACUUAUUGAAAAUCGGCCAGGACAUGCAGUCUUCGGUGACCGAUUUUUCUGGGGUAUCACGGGAAAAAGUGUUAACGUCAACGGAAUUUGUGAUGCAGUAACGCAUCAGAAAAGGUGCCCAAAUUUGUGUUGCGUAGCAUGCAUGGAAGGCAAAGCUUGUAAUGCAUAGCUGCCAUCUGAGAAAACCGUUAACGUUAACACUUUUUUGUUCGAUAUGGGGGGAUCGAGAAGCGUAUCACCGGCUUUGCGGACGAUUUGCAAACGAAGGUGGAGACCAUGCUGGACAAAGCGAUUUCGGACAUAUGACAGUGCACAACUCCCCCUCCCCCUAAUUUGUAGUGCAUUUCUACCAACAGAAACCAUGUCAGAAAUGCAGUCUCUGCAUUACAAAUCCACGCACGGAGCAUAGUGCAGUUUGGGCUUCGAGAACUUGUCAUGCAAGCACAGCCAAAAGGCUCGGACAGGAUUUGGCAUUUUUGCAUUACAAAUGAGGGAGAGGGGGAGUUGUGCACUCUCAUAGGACAUUGGUUUAGACCAGAAGCUGGACAACGUCCGGAAGGACAUGAGGAAAGAAAUGACGCAGUUCACAAACACUCUGGUAUGAACUGCAGAUGAUGUAUCGUACUCGUAUAAAGGCAUUACAAAUUUCCGCAGCAUGAGAAUGAAAUAAAAUCUGUAAUGCGGAUUUGGCUCAAGAAAAAGAUCUGUAAUGCGAGACUUGCAUUUUUUAUACGAGUGCGAUACUUUUGCACACGAUAUCUGGAUCUGGACAGCAAACUGCAGAAAGUGGAAGACAACAUCGAAGCGCAUAUGACAACGAUGGGCGGAAAAUUUGACACGGUCACGGAGGACAUGGACGACAAGCUGGAUGCCGUUUCCGCGGAGAUUGGAGACACGUUGAACGCCAGUUUAACCUCCGUCGCGUCGCAAAUGAAAGACAACAUGAACGCCAGCAUGACGGAGUCCUUUCAAAAAAUGGAUGAAGAAGUCUUUAAACCGAUGGCGACGCAGCAGAAUUAUUUUGCGGUGCAGAACCAGGAAAAAAUGGCGGAAAUGCAGCGGGAUUUGGAUUAUGAACUGCAAAAGUAUCGUACUAGUACAAAUCGCAAUACAAAUUGGCUCAGCAUUACAAAUUGAAUUUGUAAUGCGGAUUUACCUAACCAACUAGAUUUGUAAUGCAUAACUGCGAUUAUUUACUACGAGUACGAUACUUUUGCACAGCAUAUGGAUCAGAAACUGAAUUUCUCAACAAUGGAAUCUGGUAUGGCGCAGCUGGGCCAUAUGCAUUGCAAAAAUGUCUGGGUCUGGAAGAUUCUACACUUGUAAUGCUGUCUCUGGAUUCUAAGAUGACCAGCAAGAGGACUCCAGUUUGUGCUACACGGAAAGGGCAUUUCUCAUGCGGUAGAGGCAUCACAGAGCCUUCUAAAAAUCUGUCAUGCUAGGUCAUGCAUCAUAGACAUCGUUGGUCAUUCAAACUAUGCAUGACAAACUUGGCAAUCUUCCAGACCCAGACACUUUUGCACUUGAUAGGCCAGGGGCAGCAGCAAAUCUUGGAGAAUCAAGGACAAAUCAUCGCGAGGCUGAACAAUUGAGUAGCUGCUCGACCACGGCCGAUUAUUGUGGCAAUUAUGGUGCUGUCCUCUGUCGUGCGGAGUUGGUGGUGGCGGAGGAGUUUCUUGCCACAUUACAACUGGUGGCUCUUACAGAAAUGGUGUCGCGUGUAAAAAAAGAUGAGAAAUCGUUAUCGUACUUGUACAUUAGAUAGUUGUGAUAGAAAAAUCGCAUUAAUGUUUCUCGUUCAGCGGAACGAAUAAAGAUCGGAUCAUUGUACUUGAGAGAAACACCCGCUGUUGUAGUACGUCCAAAAUGAAGUAGCCAGAACCCUGAAAUAAAUGUACGUAAGACUAUAGAACAUUCGAAUUCCUUCGCGAAAUGAACUACAGUCCAGAAUAGAAGUUCUAAACAUACCGGUUGCAGCUGCAGCAGCUGAAGAAAUUUAAGUAUAUAUGGAUUUUGCUGGAUGUGGAUGUUGAUGCAUAUGCAACUAUGGUCUGCAAAACGAACAAAGAACUCAGCUAUUAGAAGUACAACUACACACGACUGUAACAC